CUCGCAGCGUGAAUGUGUCGUCAGUGAGCGCUAGAACAGAAUACGCCGCGUUAGAGCCAAAAACGUAAACGACAAAUACGUAAUACAAGCAGUUAUAUUUUAGCCGAUCUACAACUACAAAGUAGUUGUGACAACAACAAAUAAUCGCGUGUGCAGUUGCAAAGUCUCAUGGCACAUUGAAAUCUAGUAUAGGCGAUAAUAAUCGAAGCAAGAAGCAAUAACAGUCUGAGAAGCGGCAUCUUCAAUAAUUAUAGUACGCAUGCCAACGCACAUGAAAUGAAAAUAAUAAUAAUCGCCAUCGUUCUCUAGUGGCAUACUUAAAUCUAUAUGGCGCUAUAAUAGUGGCACUUGAGUCUCAGCAACAGCAAUAGCGUGAAUUGCAAAGCAAAUGCGGAAACUUAACUACAACUGAUUAUGUCACAAAUUCGCGGGUCGACCGUCAAGUAACGAGGAAAAAGGGGGCAUGGAAAAACUCAUGCGCCAAUUGAAAAAUCUGUAGCAAGUCGGCAAGGAAAAUCUCAGCAUUUAAUUAGCUAAAUCAAACGCAGAAAUCGCGCGAUUCGAGCAAACAGCAAGUCGACCAAAAAUUAUCUAAACACUUGCGCCUGUGUGUGUUAACACCACCAACAACAACAACAACAACAAUAACAAUACUACCUAACAACAACACCAACAAAAUCACUCGCAUUUCGCACAUUUUGCAAAAAGCCUCAGGUCGACGUCAGCGUCAGCGUCAACGGCGACAGCGACAGCGACAGCGGCGCUACUGCGUCUAACUUGCGUGUGUUUGUGUGUGUAUAUUGGUGGGUGGUUGCACGCGAGUUCCUCUGGCUGUAGCUGUGUCUGUGCCUGUGUGUCUGUGUGUGUGCGUGUGAGCAACAAACAGCAACAAAACUCUCUCGCGCGUGUUGUUUGGCUUUUGUUUUGGCUAAGAAAAAAAUAAACCGGCAAAUUGUCGCGUCGUGAAAAACCUGCCACAACCGAAUUGGCAAGUGAAAUUUCCGAGUGUGUAAAAUAACAGCUGUUGUUGCUUUAAUCUAACCCUAGCCCUAGCCCUAGCUCUAGCUCUAGCUAUUGUCCAUUGAUGCUAACUGCAUAUUGCAGCGGCGACCGCCUGGCUUCAAAUGCUGACGCGUGUGCACAUCUCAAUCUAAAUACCAAAUAAAUUCAAAAGCUUCAAAAGUGUCUGCAAGAUAGAAAGAGAGAGAUAAGCAAGAUAGGGCGAAAGAGAGCGCGCUCUUCAACUUAAUAAAGUGUGUUUGUCUGUAAUUAUUUUUUGUACAAGAGUUUUUAAUAACAUGUCCCGUAAAAACGUUGCAAAAAUGUCGGCGGCGGCUGGAAGUGGAGUUCAUCACCACCAUACAAAUUUGCGAGCAUUUCUGCUAUUUGCACUGCUCUGCAGCAUAGGACUGGCCACAGCGAAGCACUUGGCCGGUCUCGAUGGAGAUGUGGCGGGUGGUGGUUCACUUGCGGGCAGCCACCGCCACCACCAGCAGGAGCAGGAGUUUCUUCACCACCAGCACGCUCAUCAACACAGCGCUGUUACGCAUCAUCGACGACGCCUGCAGCGCGACUCACGCACCAAGGAUACUGCGCAGCACUGUGACUCUGUCAAGGGUUACUUCGAAUCGAUCGACAUAAAGAUGAAUGGACCAAGCGGAGAAAAAGGCGCCGUUUGCGGAGGCAGUUGCUGCAACAAUGCCACAGAACUGGAGCUGCGCCACAAGGCGACCGGAGAGUUUGAGCGCCUACUGCAUCAUCAUACGAACAGCUUGCGAGGCAUCCUCGAGUCGACAGCAAGCCUAUUCCAAAGUCACGUGCUCGAGUUGGCAGAACAAUCCGAGAAUAAAACACUGUCGGUCUUCUCCACGGUCUACAGUCGGAUGGUCCCAUUGUCGCGCAUGAUGAUACAUCAAUUGUACACGGAAAUCAUGAAUCAUCUGAAGUACACCUCGAACUACAGCAGCAACAAUGGGCAGGGUAACAACAUCAUCAGCAGCCAGAGCAGUCUCGAGGAUGCGCUCCACAAGUUCUUUGUGCAGCUAUUUCCCGUUGCCUACCACCAGGCCGUGCAUCUGAGCAAGAAAAAUUACGGCGAGCUGCACGAGGACUACAUCAAUUGCCUGAAGCUCAACUUUGACGAUCUGCAGCCAUUCGGACAAAUACCCAAGGAGAUCCAGACAAAUCUGUUGCAGAGCGUCCACAUGGCCAACAUCUUCAUGAACGCCCUGCUCCAGAGCGCGGAGGUCCUAAGCGAAGUUGACCAGCUCUAUGGCCAGCAUCUGACAGACACCUGCAAGCGUCAGCUCCUCAAGAUGAGCUACUGCCCCAGCUGUAAUGGCCAGCAGAGGUCGCAGGUGAAGGUCUGCUACAGCUACUGCAUGAAUGUUUUGCGUGGCUGCUCGGCGCAGUAUGCAGGACUGCUGGACAGCCCCUGGUCCAAUGUGGUGGUUGCUCUGGACAAUCUGGUUACCUCACACAUACGCUCGGACAGCGGUAUCAUGACGACCAUCAAGCAAUUGGGCGGCAAGCUAUCCGAGGCGAUUAUGAGCGCCAUGGAGCAUGGACCCGAUCUAGAGAAGAAGGUGAAGAAAACCUGUGGCGUGCCCAACUUGCUGCCCUCCGUUACCGCCGAGACGGAGGUGCGACCCACACCCCAACAGCAUGCCGUGAAAUGGGCCUCGCCCCCAGACGCGGGCAUCGGCCGCUUCCUCAGCACCAUCGACAAGUCCAAGGAGUUCUACGCGAACAUAGUUAACAACAUUUGCGAGGACGAGGAUAUCGACCAGGGCGACCGUCAUUGUUGGACAGGCGAACGCGUUGGUGACUACACGCAGAUCCUCAUUCAACCGGGCAGCGAUUCUCAGCGCUACAAUCCGGAAGUACCAUUUGAGACGCAAGCCCAACCCAGCAAACUAAACGAACUGGUCGACAAGCUCAUCAAAAUACGCAAGAGCAUUGGAUCGGCGGUUCCAUCCAAUACUCAGACACAUGAUAUCCAGAGCGACAUGGGACGUGAGGGUUCCGGCAGUCACAUUAGCGAUGAUGAUGAGGAGUACGGCAGCAUGCAUGGCUCCGGCGAUGGUUCGGGUGAUGGAUCCAUUCAGGGCGUGUACAAUCCCAUUGGCACCACGUCCGGCCCCAACGAUGUGGAGCCGCGUGACUCGCAGGGCGCCGCGCCCUCCGCCGCGACAUUCAGCGCGACAUGCCUAAUCCUUACACUAGUCACAAUACUCUACAGUAGAUGUAGUUAAAGCAGCACCCCAAAACAAGAAACAGAGCUCGUGCACGCAAUCCGACGCGAGUAAUCAUUAUUAUUAUGUAUCAUUAUUAUUAGUUGUGUAAUUCUUAAGUUGUUACAAGUAAUUUAUUACACCUAAGCCUAAUCAUUCAGCAAUCUUAGCAAGCACAUUGAAUGCAAAGUGCAAAGUGCAAAAUGCAAAAUGCAAGUGGGUUCAUAUCGAAUCGAAAUUCUAGAUGCAUCCCAAGCAUCCGCACUUCUAGCUGUUUUUCCCCAAGGUCGUCGAACUUCAACACAAAAUCCCAUUAGACUCUUGUGCCAUAAAAGUGUUGAGAGUAGCGCGAAACCAAGUAACGGAGUAACAGAGAAAUAUUUGAAUCGUAGUCACAAACUUCAACUUCAAGCAACACCUACCUACGUAAUCCUUCCCAUAUACUAUACAUACCACAUAGAAGAGACAGCAGUUUAUUCAGAUACAUGCAAUUACGAUAUCUAGCAUAUAGUAUAAAGCGAAUAUACAAUACAUAACAUAAAGCUCAAGCUCAAGUUCAAAGCAAGUUGUUCCUUUUUGGUGUAAAAAUAAAAGUAAUCGCAUAAAGUAGUCGCGGCUAUGGCACAAAAUUCGAAAAGUUUUCGACAUACAAGUAGUAUGGUCACAAGUAUGUAUGGUUAUUAAAUAUCAGAAGAAACAGAUAUACUACAUAAGAAGACGAAGAAAGAAGAAGAAAUACGUAAAAUGCAGAAUUUACAAUAACAAAAAUCGUUUAGCUAUAGUACAGUAAAUGUUAAUUGCAAGUUUAUUGUUGUCUACACCUUUGAACUGAAAAUACGAUUAUAAAUACGAAUACGGUAAAUAUUGAAAGCAAAUGCAAAUUAAUGGAAUUUAGUUGGAUAAACGCACUUUAUGGAAAAACUAGAAGACUUACAGCUUUAUACGCAAAACACAAACAAGAAAUCUAUGGACGGUUUAUCUAAGUAUAUACGAUUCUAUACGUAUAUACUUAUAUAUACAAGAAAAUAUAUGUAUACAUACCUAUAUACGAGUAUGUAUGUAUGUAUGUAUCUAUCUAUGUUUAAAAUAUAUUGUAUGUAGCAUUAUUUAAACUAAUUUUUUGUAUUUGAAGUGAACGAAACAAAAACAACUUGAGCUAUUGUCAUGAAAUGAAGCAUUAAUUGACGCAAGUUGAACUCAAAGCACGCGAUGCGUUGAAAUACUGAAAACCCCCUUUCUCUCUAGAGCGGAUUGUAAAAUAUUUGUUAAUUUAAGUUACAACUACAUGCGAGGAGGGGCUGAAACGCAAAAGUCAAGAAAGUGAGCAACGGCGAAGGUUUUUUCAUUCCUGCUAACCAUGUAAUUCAUAAUUAGUAUAUACACACUAUAUAUUUCAGAUCCAGGGUCAAUUCUUUAAUGCCCUAUUUCCAGAUUCUAAUAAGACUAUGAACAUCUCAACCAGAUUUGUUCACUACAAGUAAAUUUUAAUCCCUUCUUCUGCAUAAAUUCUUCAAACAAGUUAGCUCAAAUGACUCUGUCUCUUCCAAAAAAGAAAGAAAUGCUAUGAGGCUAUCCUAUUUCCUAUUUUUCUAAUAUUUCUUACAUAUGAUAAUUAUGAAUCGCAGUUUAAGAAUGACUUCUCCCUGUUCGCUCUUUUGGCAUUCACAUGUUUUUAACCCUCUUCUCGUGCCUAGUUAAAAGCAAAUUAUAUUUGUUAAGAAGCUAUAGCAAUGGCUUCGCAAUAUAUAUUUUUAUAUUUCAUGAAAUCUUGACCAGCCAACGUCCCAUGAAAAAUUUAAAUGCAAAGCUCACAACUCAAACUACUCGUAUAUGAAAGUCGAAGUUUUGUGUGGCUGAACAGUGCAAGGCAUAAACAUGGAAACUAUUGUUGCAAUCUAACAGAUACUUUAAAGUGUUAGAACGCGCUGCAAAAUAAAAAAAAGCAAUGCGCCUCAACGACACUCUAAAUAAUAAAUAUAUAUAAAUAAAUGAAUAAACAUAAAUAUGGAAUAUGCAGCGACUUUAAACGGCAUGCAUAAGUGCUAAGUUUAAAAAAAUAUAUAUAUAUACAUACGAGGAUAAACAUUUACGAACUAAACAGAAAUCUAUUGAAUUAGCGCGUAAACUGUAACAAUUUAGUGUGUAAUUUGUAAAAAGCAAAUGUUUAAUGAGAAUUGAAAUUUAGUUAGUAGCAAAUUAACAAAUGAAUGAGAAAACACAACAACAAAUUGUCUACAUAUUGGAUUUCUAGCAACUAAUUAAUAAAAUACAACAUAGGAAGCAAAAACAACAACAACAGCAGCCAACCACUUCAUUGGACAGCGUUCAUGUGUGUUAAAAACUAUGAUUAUAUUUUAUUAUCAUUAUUAUUAUUUGUAACUAUUGCAUGUGAUUAAUAAUAUUUAAGUUAAUCGUAAACAUAACAUAUUACAUCGUAACUUAUGUAUACCGCAGCAGCAACAGCAACACAACAACAACAACAACAGCAGCAGCAGCAACAACAAACUGUACGACAAAUUAGUAGUUGCGCGGCUGUUAAAAUCAAUUCAAUUGCACAAAAAAUUAAAUGUACUACUUUUUAGGCGCAUACAAAAAAUACAAAUAAAACUUAUGUAACAAAAACGCAA